CUGGUAUAAAAGCUCAGCCAUCCCAGGGCUCCUCAUUCAACCCACGCCGAGCAUCACCACAUUCCCACCAGCACUGAAGGGUCACUGCUCCAAGAUGUGCUCCAGACAAAGCUCCGGAGGCUGCCAUGGGAUGUCCUCCCAGUCCAGCGGGUGCCACAGCCAGGGCUCUGGUUGCCACAGCUCCUCCAGUUACCAAUCCCAAGGCUCCUCCUGCUGCGGGAGCGGAGGGGGCUCCGGCAAAGUCAUCAUCAGCUCUGGUGGUGGAGGAGGCGGAUCCUGCUGCAGUGGGGGAUCCUCUGGAUAUGGGAUGGGAGGGGGUUACGGUGGUGGAUCAAAGAGCAUCAUUGUAGGUGGAGGUAGUGGAGGUUCCUCUGGAUGCUGCAGUGGAGGAUCCAGCUAUGGGAUGGGUGGAGGAUAUGGUGGAUCUUCAGGAUCAAAGACCAUCAUUGGAGGGGGAAGCAGUGGAGGUUCCUCUGGAUGCUGCAGUGGAGGAUCCAGCUAUGGGAUGGGUGGAGGAUAUGGUGGAUCUUCAGGAUCAAAGACCAUCAUUGGAGGGGGAAGCAGUGGAGAUUCCUCUGGAUGCUGCAGUGGAGGAUCCAGCUAUGGGAUGGGUGGAGGAUAUGGUGGAUCCUCAGGAUCAAAAACCAUCAUUGGAGGGGGAAGCAGUGGAGGUUCCUCUGGAUGCUGCAGUGGAGGAUCCAGCUAUGGGAUGGGUGGAGGAUAUGGUGGAUCCUCAGGAUCAAAAACCAUCAUUGUAGGUGGAGGUAGUGGAGGUUCCUCUGGAUACUGUGGUGGAGGAUCCAGCUAUGGAAUGGGUGGAGGAUAUGGUGGAUCUUCAGGAUCAAAGAGCAUCAUUGGAGGGGGAAGCAGUGGAGGUUCCUCUGGAUGCUGCAGUGGAGGAUCCAGCUAUGGGAUGGGUGGAGGAUAUGGUGGAUCCUCAGGAUCAAAAACCAUCAUUGUAGGUGGAGGUAGUGGAGGUUCCUCUGGAUACUGUGGUGGAGGAUCCAGCUAUGGAAUGGGUGGAGGAUAUGGUGGAUCUUCAGGAUCAAAGAGCAUCAUUGUAGGUGGAGGUUCCUCUGGAUACUGUGGCGGAGGAUCUUCAGGCUAUGGCAUGGGAGGAGGGUACAGUGGUGGCUCCUCAGGAGGGCAGACCAUCAUUGGAGGUGGUGGAUCCUCUGGAUGCUGCAGCGGAGGAUCCAGCUAUGGGAUGGGAGGAGGAUACGGCGGUGGCUCCUCAGGCCAGACCAUCAUCAUCAGCUCUGGAAGUGGCAGCGGAGGCUCCUCGCAGCAGAAAUGUCCCAUUGUCAUCCCCAGCGUGGUGUCCCACCAGAGCAAGCAGAGCUCCUAUUGGCCCUAUGGCCAGCAGAAGCUCUACCACUGUCUGCGGCGCAAAUGGUCACGGCAGAACCGCGGCUACAGCCGAGAAAUCUCCCUGAGCCACCACGGCUUCUGCUCGGGCGCCUUCACCAACCGCCACGGCCGCGCCUCCUUCUCAUGUGGUGGGGACAGUUCCGUCACCUACAGCCGGAGACCCUCGUCCUGCCCGCCCCUGCCAGCGCCAGCCCCCUACAGCAUCUCAGGGAGGUUCUCAUGUGACACCGACGGGUCCCUGGUGGUCAACAGUGGGGACUGUGGGGUCACGUCUAGCUGGGACCCUGUGGUGAGGACAGUCCCGGUUUAUGGCUCUGGAAUGGGGAUGGAGUAUGGUAGUGAGGAUGUGGGGUCUGUUAUCAGCAGUGCAGGGGGAGGUGGAGGAUCCAUCUACCAUGGAGGGAGUUCGGGAGUGGUGGAGGGAGCAGGGGCUGGAUAUGGAUACUCUGCACCCCUGAGUGGCACCCUAAGCACUGGGGGGGUCUCUGAGGGAUCAGGGUACUACGGAGGAGGGUAUGGAUACGGGACAUAUGGGACAUAUGGAACAUAUGGAACUGGGAUGUUGCCCGGGCCAGAGAUCAGCCCUGCGGGCGCAGGAUGCGCCCAGGUGGUGCAGCAGAAAUGCCCUGUGGUCAUCCCCACCAUCAAGAGCGAGCAGUGCAAGCAGAGCACCCACUGGCCACCCAUCCAGAAGAAAUGAGUGGCCCAGCCUCUCCCACAUCCCAAAAGUGUCCUUGGAUGUGCCAAAGUGGAAUUUUGCCCCCCUCAAUGGUGCCAUUACAUCACAGAGCUCCGCAUUCUUCACGUAGAGCUGUGCUGACAAAAUUCCCCAGGAGCUGCUGGAAAAAGGGGUUUGUGCUGUGGUGAUGGGAAAAGGUUCUUUUCUCCAUCUCCUCUAGAUCAAGGGUUGGAAAAUAAAAUUUCACGGUCUGUGGGUAAUUUCA